CCGAAUGUCAUCAUGUCUGGAAUCAAGCGAACCAUCAAAGAAACCGACCCUGAUUACGAGGAUGUAUCUGUGGCCCUUCCAAACAAGCGGCAUAAAGCAAUUGAGAAUUCAGGUAGAAAUGGAUCAAAGACAUGUGAUACAAUGGUUUUUAAUCAUCCUGCUAUCAAGAAAUUUUUGGAAUCACCAUCUAGGUCAUCAUCUCCUGCCAAUCAGAGAGCAGAAACACCAUCAGCCAAUCAUUCAGAAAGUGAUUCUUUAUCUCAGCACAAUGACUUCUUAUCUGACAAAGAUAAUAACAGCAAUAUGGAUAUAGAGGAGAGACUCUCGAACAACAUGGAGCAGAGACCAGGCCGAAAUACUGGAAGAGAUGCUUCUAGUGUUACUGGCUCCCAUAAAACAGAACAGCGGAAUGCUGAUCUCACAGAUGAGACUUCGCGACUUUUUGUAAAGAAAACAAUAGUAGUGGGCAAUGUGUCCAAGUAUAUACCUCCGGAUAAGAGGGAAGAAAAUGACCAGUCAACUCAUAAGUGGAUGGUAUAUGUCCGAGGGUCCCGUAGAGAACCCAGCAUUAAUCAUUUUGUCAAGAAAGUUUGGUUCUUCCUUCAUCCCAGCUAUAAACCAAAUGACCUUGUGGAAGUUAGAGAGCCUCCUUUUCACCUGACCAGAAGAGGCUGGGGUGAGUUUCCCGUCAGAGUUCAAGUUCACUUUAAGGACAGCCAGAACAAGCGGAUAGAUAUCAUACAUAAUCUGAAGCUGGAUAGAACUUAUACUGGCUUGCAGACUCUUGGAGCAGAGACGGUAGUAGAUGUUGAACUCCAUCGCCAUUCUCUGGGAGAAGACUAUAUAUAUCCUCAGUCCUCGGAGUCUGAUAUCUCUGAUGCCCCUCCAUCUUUGCCUUUGACCAUUCCAGCCCCAGUGAAAGCUUCUUCACCAAUAAAGCAGUCACACGAGCCAGUACCCGAUACCUCUGUGGAGAAAGGAUUCCCAGCUGGCACUGAAGCUGAACAACACGCUCCGUUUUAUUCUUUGCCAUCUUCAUUGGAAAGGACACCCACCAAAAUGACAACAUCCCAGAAAGUUACCUUUUGUUCUCAUGGCAAUUCAGCUUUCCAGCCAAUAGCAUCAAGCUGCAAAAUUGUGCCACAAAGUCAGGUUCCUAAUCCUGAGUCACCUGGAAAGUCCUUCCAGCCCAUCACCAUGAGCUGCAAGAUUGUGUCAGGUUCCCCAAUAUCAACUCCAAGCCCAUCACCAUUGCCUCGAACCCCGACUUCCACUCCAGUUCACGUGAAGCAAGGCACUGCCGGCUCUGUUAUUAAUAAUCCUUAUGUUAUCAUGGACAAGCAGUCGGGGCAGAUGAUUGGAGCCAGCACUCCCAGUACAGGAAGUCCUACAAACAAGAUCUCCACGGCUUCUCAGGUCUCCCAAGGAACAGGUUCCCCUGUUCCUAAAAUUCAUGGAGGUAGUUUUGUAACAUCUGCUGUCAAGCAGGAGGAUUCUUUGUUUGCAUCUAUGCCACCUCUUUGCCCAAUUGGGAGUCACCCUAAGGUUCAAAGCCCCAAACCUAUAACAGGAGGACUUGGAGCUUUCACAAAAGUGAUCAUCAAACAGGAACCUGGUGAAGCACCUCACGUGCCCGCGACAGGAGCUGCCAGCCAGUCACCACUCCCGCAGUAUGUGACUGUGAAAGGGGGUCACAUGAUAGCUGUGUCCCCUCAGAAACAGGUCAUAACUACUGGAGAAGGGAUUGCCCAGUCAACAAAGGUUCAGCCCUCCAAGGUUGUCGGGGUACCAGUUGGGUCUGCUUUACCUUCAACAGUGAAGCAGGCUGUGGCGAUCAGUGGUGGCCAGAUCCUGGUAGCCAAGGCCAGCUCUUCUGUCUCCAAAGCAGUUGGUCCAAAGCAAGUUGUGACCCAAGGAGUUGCCAAAGCAAUUGUGAGUGGAGGUGGAGGAACCAUUGUUGCUCAGCCAGUGCAGACCUUAACCAAGGCCCAGGUCACUGCCGCUGGUCCUCAGAAGAGUGGAUCCCAGGGUUCAGUAAUGGCAACAUUGCAGCUACCAGCCACUAAUUUGGCCAACUUGGCAAAUUUGCCUCCUGGCACUAAACUCUACCUAACUACAAACAGCAAGAACCCUUCAGGAAAAGGAAAACUGCUGCUGAUCCCUCAGGGAGCCAUCCUGCGAGCUACAAACAGUGCUAAUCUCCAGUCUGGCUCAGCUGCCAGUGGUGGGAGUGGUGCCGGAGGAGGAGGAGGUGGUGGAGGCGGUGGCAGUGGUGGAGGCAGCAGUGCAGGAGGAGGAGGAGGAACAGGAGGAGGAACAGCAGGAGGAGGAACUCAAAGUACCGCCGGCCCUGGAGGGAUAUCUCAGCACCUGACUUACACAUCUUACAUCCUCAAGCAAACUCCCCAGGGCACAUUUUUAGUUGGCCAGCCAUCACCCCAGACUUCUGGAAAACAACUCACCACUGGGUCAGUGGUCCAGGGAACACUGGGAGUCAGCACGUCUUCUGCACAAGGACAACAAACGCUAAAGGUCAUCUCUGGACAGAAAACCACGUUGUUUACACAGGCAGCUCAUGGAGGACAGGCAUCUCUAAUGAAAAUAUCCGAUAGCACCUUGAAGACUGUGCCAGCCACCUCACAGCUCUCAAAGCCUGGAACCACAAUGCUGAGAGUAGCAGGAGGGGUUAUCACAACUGCCACUUCCCCAGCUGUGGCCCUCUCAGCAAAUGGUCCUGCACAACAGUCUGAGGGAAUGGCUCCCAUGUCUUCAUCUACGGUCAGUUCUGUAACGAAAACUUCUGGGCAGCCGCAAGUGUGUGUGAGCCAGACCACCAUGGGAACCUGCAAGGCUGCCACCCCCACCGUCGUCAGCGCCACGUCCCUCGUGCCCACACCAAACCCCAUCUCUGGGAAAGCCACAGUAUCAGGACUGUUAAAGAUUCACUCCAGCCAAGCCAGUCCCCAGCAGGCAGUCCUGACGAUUCCCAGCCAGCUCAAACCACUCAGCGUAAACACGUCUGGAGGGGUGCAGACGAUCCUGAUGCCUGUGAAUAAAGUGGUUCAGUCAUUUUCUACCAGCAAGCCACCUGCCAUUCUGCCUGUAGCUGCCCCAACUCCAGUUGUCCCCAGCUCUGCUCCAGCAGCUGUUGCAAAAGUGAAGACUGAACCAGAAACACCUGGGCCGAGCUGCCUCUCUCAGGAGGGUCAGACAGCAGUGAAAACAGAAGAAAGUUCUGAGCUGGGAAACUAUGUCAUUAAGAUAGACCAUUUAGAGACUAUCCAGCAACUCUUAACAGCAGUAGUAAAGAAGAUUCCGUUAAUCACUGCAAAAAGUGAAGAUGCCAGCUGCUUUUCUGCAAAGUCUGUGGAGCAGUACUAUGGCUGGAACAUUGGAAAAAGGAGAGCCGCUGAGUGGCAAAGAGCAAUGACAAUGCGAAAAGUCUUACAAGAAAUCCUGGAGAAGAAUCCGAGAUUUCACCACCUGACUCCCCUCAAAACCAAGCACAUUGCUCACUGGUGCCGCUGUCAUGGCUACACCCCACCAGACCCUGAGAGCCUGAGGAAUGACGGGGACUCCAUCGAGGAUGUGCUGACCCAGAUCGACAGCGAGCCUGAGUGCCCAUCAUCGUUCUCCUCUGCGGACAACCUCUGCCGCAAACUGGAGGACCUGCAGCAGUUCCAGAAAAGGGAACCCGAGAAUGAGGAGGAGGUGGACAUCCUCAGCCUCUCUGAGCCAGUAAAGAUAAACAUCAAGAAGGAGCAGGAAGAGAAACAAGAGGAAGUCAAGUUCUACCUGCCACCAACCCCAGGGUCUGAAUUUAUUGGGGAUGUCACACAGAAGAUUGGGAUCACCCUGCAGCCCGUGGCGCUCCACAGGAACGUGUAUGCGUCGGUGGUGGAGGACAUGAUCCUGAAGGCUACAGAACAGCUGGUGAAUGAUAUCCUGAGACAGGCUUUGGCAGUUGGAUACCAGACAGCUUCUCACAACAGGAUUCCCAAAGAAAUUACAGUGAGUAAUAUUCACCAGGCCAUUUGCAACAUUCCUUUUCUGGAUUUCCUCACAAACAAACACAUGGGAAUAUUGAAUGAGGACCAGUGAGCGGAGUGAGGUGCCCUGGAGAAGCAGGCUUUGAAGGCGCAGCGAAGCUGUAACUGAGGACCCUGCUGCUCGGGAAGGAGGUGGUUUCCAGUGCGCCUCGGGAUGUCAUGGCUACCCAACCAUUGCCGCUCCUGUUCCCGCGUGCCACCAGCAUGCUCCACUCCAGAUGAAAUCCAUUGGACAGGAGUUUGUGUCCUCAGUGUGGAGUGAGGCUGUCAGUGGAUACGUGCUUUGUCGGUCAACGUUUCUGCAGUCUCUGUAAAGGCCCCAUGAGACUUGGGCCAGGCCAUGUGCCUCAGGCCCUUCUCCCUGAGUGUGCUCAUGGGGGCUCCUUGGGCCCGCCUCCCCAGGAGAUAGAAAAGGAGUGGCAGGCUAGAGAUUUGAACCAUCUUGUGGGCUGGAGUUACCAGUAGCUCCAGCAGUUAUCCUGAAGAAAGAUUGGGCUUCAGCCUUCAGCAAGUGGUUCUCUCCCCUCCCUGGCCUUGGUGUGGAGGGGCUGUAUUCUGAGCCCAAGUGAGUCAGCUAUAGGAAGAGGCCAUACCUAGAGCAAAGAACCAGGAAGGCCUGAGAGACGGCAGACUGAGCAGAAUUCCUUUUUUGAGCACAGGAGCAUUACUAGAACCAUUGUCAAAGCAGUGGCAAGAGACGGAGAGGCCCCAAUGGGAGUCGGGAAGAGCUUUGAUUAUAACCAAGAAAACUCUCACUAUGCUAGGAAUAGACAGCGCGCACCAGCCCCGGACACUUGGCAGAAGCGUAGCAGUGUUACACAUGUGUGUGAAGCAGCUUGCAGGCUCCAUGCCAUCUGCAUGGUCUGCAGGAACUUCUGCUGCUGACCCCAUGCUGAGUGGCCAGUGGGGAACAGCCCCCGGCAGGCUCUUCUGGGGUGGUCUGUCCUAUCCGUGGGUUGUGUAUCCUCUUCUCUGUUAAGGAGUUU